AUGGUAGUAUUCGAUGACACAGGAGAGGAUGAGUUGGAAAGUACCUUGUUAAGCCAUAUCGAUAUCCCAUACUUCAGGAACAAUCCAUCGUAUAUAUCUCUCUGGCAGAAGUACUAUUAUAAGAACAAUAGCCCGCAUGUGCUCUUCCUGAUGAAAUACAAAAAGAUAUCUCAAUACUAUCAUUGGAUUUAUGUAGAGUUAUCGAGGUUUUUUAUGAGGAAUAAUCACUACGGAGCAUGUAAAGCAAUUCUUAACAUGGGAAUAGCAUGCAAUGCAUAUGACCGAAGGGUCUUGGAAGACGAGCUAAGGAAGAUUCCGGCAUCGGCCAAUCUCUUCUCUGAAAAUGAGGUUAAUGCUUUGCUGAAUCCAAAGGGGUUCACUGUGCUGGGGAAGGUUUGGAACUCCUACCAAGAAGCCUUGUUUUACAAUAGAGAGUUGUUUAUUUUCGAUCAUGAAGAGAUGUCUUUCGAAGAGUAUAGAAGCAGGUCAUACAUUAAAAAACCAAGGCCAUCUCCAGAGGAAUGUGUGGCAAGGAUUGGCAUGAAGCAUUUGGCAGAUUGCUCGAAGUCAGGCGGAGAUGGAGAACUUGAGAACAAGAGAAAAUGUAAACUGGCAAAUGCAAAUAGAAUUCUAGUUGCAGGACAGGAAAUAGUAAUCGAUGGGUAUACUUAUUACAUCAAAGAGAUUAUGGAUGGAAAUAGAUACAGAAUGACAUGCUUGUCUGAAGAAGCUCCCGAAGAUCUUGUGCACAAAGGAGAUGUCAUGCUUCAAGAGGUAACAAAGACCUCCAUAGAUCUGGCUUUGAGGCUGAAUCCUGAUUAUGUUCCUAAAUUUGUUGUAAAAGAGUUAGGUUCGAGAACGUUUUUACUUUAUGAGUUUUGUACAUUUGGAACUCUCAAAAACUGCCUAAAUAUAUCUGAUGCUAUAAAAUCUCGAAUCGCUUUAUACUUUGUAAGCCAGCUUGCUGAAAUACUCGAUGAAAUGAAGGAAAAGAAGUGUAAAUUUGUAGCAUUCUCAUUGGAAAGCCUCUGCGUUUCUGAGGAUUGCAUGCUUAAGAUAGCUGAUUUUAACCUAUCUUCAGAAGAUCCAGAAAUGAGUUAUGAAUAUAUAGUCAAAGAUGCUCUGUCACAAUACUGCAGAAUUCCUUCUGACGAUCAGGAUGCUGUCCAAAAAGCCAGAAGUAUUCUCCGAAACACAGACUUGAAGGGGCUUAUUACGGGAUAUAGAAUACAUCUAUACGAAAGGAUAUGUGGGUACUGCUGA